CUCUAAACUGAGACAGGGGGAAAACAAAAAAUGAAGGGUCGUCUAAAUUUGGAGCAAGCAAGUCACACACAGCCAGGCGCGGCGAAUUGCGAGAACCGACUCGAGUUGCGGCGAGAGCGAACGCGGCGAACAACGGACAACACUGUGGCAUUGGCAAUGGCAGCGCUUGUCGCCCGCCUUCACUUCAGUGUGUGAGUCGCGAUAAACGCGAGCGAAACGGGCGGCGCAACUGAAAUCGCGUACCGACUACCGCAGACACGCACACCACCACACACCAGCGCGUAUACGUAUACGGGCGAGAGAGCGCAUGCUCUCCGCCACACACACGCGGUCAACGUUUUCUCCGCUUUGUGGCGCCGCGCAAGUUUUGUCGCAGCAGCAAACACGCAAUAAAAGUUCAAAAACAGUUGAAGUAUACCGCGACGCGAGUAAAAAUCUUUCCUUCGACGUCGUCGCUGUUCGUUGUAGUAGUUGUUGUUGUUGCUGCUGCCGCUGCUACUGCUUUACGUUUCUAUAGUGUGUUCCGUUCCGCGAAUUUUGGUGUGCAUUUAUGUAGAUAUACAUGUAUAUCUGCAUAUAUGACUGGUCAAAAGGUAAAACAACGGAAACAAGUGAUAACAGAAUACAAAUUGUUGUCAACAAUGUGCCAAAUAUAGUGGCGAAAACCCCCCCCGUAGUUCGAUCGCUUUUUGUUUAAAUUAAAUCUGCAUAUCAUGGUGUGCGGCGGCUGCAUUUCAUUUAUUUUCGCUCGCUGAAGAUCUUGCUUGCUCCAAAGAAUUAACAAAAAAAAAUAUCUGCGUUUGGCGCUGCGUCGACGGCAUUGUUAUUUCGUACGUAUUGUUGUUAAGUGUGAGUAGUAGUAGUAGUAGUAAUAUCGCUACCAGAGGUGAAUAAUGUAGUUGACCAAAAUUCUGAGAGCACAAGUCUGAGCACACACGAUACGUCUUCUUCGUUUGGCCGUUUCACUUUGAGCAGCGUGACCGUGGUGCGUCGCUAUAAUAUGCCCCGCGAGCCAUGUGUGUGUGUGCCUAACGCGUGCGGCAAAAUGCCGCUGAAAAAUACCAAAAUGCCAGACGAAAUCCCAUGUGGGGGGGAAACGGAAUCGGCGUGCUUUUGCUGCACUUUGUUGUCGAAUUAUUCUUACCUAGUUGGAUACAACAUUAUAGGGACUCUCCACUGCUACAUGGGAACUAUGAACUAAAACCACGCUAGUUGCUCGUUCCGAGUUGUUUAAACCAAAAAGCAAAACUUCUCGUAGGACGAUGGGCGCCAGGAUAUCGAGUAGAAGAAAAACAAAGCGAUGGAAGAGACCUCGAAGAGGUGCAAGCUCACCCACAGGAUCAAGGAUUUGAAACAAAUCAUAAUGGAAGUAAUGGCACAAUACACCCUGAAAGGAGUUCAAUUCGAAAUUUCAUACGAAAAUUGUAAACGGACAUUGCAACGAAAUAGAAAGGAGUUUGGAAAACUGAAAUCCCGGGAGAAACGACGCAUAACAGCCUGCUAGCAAUAAGCUGCCAUGUAAAAUGCACUAAAAACAAAACAAACCCCCCAGGCUGGAGCUUAUAACUCCAAAGAGAAGAUGUUUUUGGGGACAAAAACGUGCAGAUGACUUCCAAGAAGUUAGAGAAUCCACAGCCCUACCUGUAAACGAAUGUAUUUAUUUAAAUUUAUAAGCCAGAACUGCAUUUACACUAUUACUGUUACCAAAGUCGUACAAGUCGUUGCAUCUUAGUUAUUUAAAAGACUCGAAAAUCCCCGAAUGCAUACAAACAUAAGAACGAAUCGCACCUGUCCUUUUCAAUUGUACAAAAAACAACUUUCCCUGUUACAUAUUUACAAUUAAUUUAAAGAGUAUGAAGACGUUGAGUGCGCAUAUUAAAUAUGUGAAUUUUAAAUCAUAAUAAAUGAUCGCUGUGUUCACGCAUCGAUUAAAAACGUU